AUGUCCACAUUAGAGUUAUACUGGCCUCUAGCGUCUAAUAAAACAUCAGAGCGACUUCAAGCCAGCUCAGACCUGAUAAAUUUAUUGAACAAAUUCCAACAAGAUUUUAAGCCUGCAGAUGAAGAUAGGGAUGGCGAGGAGAGCGAUCACAGCGAGCCCAGCGAUCAAGAAGAAGACACUGUUGAUAAAAACCAGAAAUCUGUUAUCAAACGUAUUGAAAAGUGGAUUGAGAAGCAUCACGCUCCAGAUGUUUCAUAUGCAAUCAAACGAUUGAUUAGAGGUUUGGCUUCACCAAGGGAAUCAUCUAGAUUGGGAUUCGCUGUGACACUUACGCAGCUUCUCUCAAAUCUGCCUUUGCUCACCGUCGCGCAUGUACUUCCGUUGAUUAAGCACCACACUACCCCAGUUGGAAACGUUAAAGGCUCAGAAGAGAGAGACCUCAUCUUUGGUAGAUUGUUUGGUAUACAGGCAAUCAUCGAAUCUGGUUUGAUUAGCAGAUCGACAACGACGCCGGAUGAUUUCAAGGAAACGAUUAGAAAUGUGACAGACCUUGGUAAGAAUAAGGUCUGGUUGAAGGAGGCUACAGGAUGGACUACCCUUAAUGGCUUAAAAGAAGUCACCGAGAAGAAUGUCAGCUGGUUGAACCAAGCAAUCACCAAUUCACUCGAUAUUCUUUUUACUGGUGACGAGAAAGAAAUUUGGGGUCCUGAGAAAGUUGGUAUUCUUCUCUGGUUACAGUCAACGCAUAGCGAUAUCGAUUAUUCUGAAUACGUACAACCUAUCUUCAAAAACCCUUUGCCUCUUGCUCCUCAAAAUCUAUCUGUUCUCGCUCGUAUUCUUAGAGAAACUUCUAUCGAUGCAGAGAAGGCUACUUCCGGUUCAGGCGUAUGGAAACCACAAUUACACUGGGUCUGGCCUCAAAUUCUCGACAUAUACUUCACUAGUGAUAACCAAGCUUUCAAACCGCGCGCUUCAUUCCAAGACUUCUAUAGAAUAUGCAUUGACGAAUCAUUAUUCCAAACCAACGCAUCACCUCAGCGCAAAUACUGGGGCUUUUCAGUCUUCGCUUUGGCCUUGCCACGCCUCACCAAUGAGGACCUUGGUGCAUUAUUCACUCCCAACUUCAUGCGUACAUGGAUCAACAACCUUCGCGGUGAAGACAGAGUGUUGCACAAGGCUGCACUGAGAAUAGCACAAGAUCUGCAACCACUCAUCGCUCAGAAUCCAAAGCUGGGAUUACCUCUGAUCUUGCAGCUCCUUGGCAAGCAUGGCAGUGCAAACUUUGACAAAUUGACGGGAACCAAGACUGUAGCCAACAUUUUGUCAUCCAUGACUACUGACGGUGUCAGUGAGUAUGUUGGAUACUUGCGCUCAUUUAUUCAAGGCGAAACGAGCGAUGUUAAGCAGCGCAAAUGGGCUUUAGAUCAAUUACUUUCCCUUAUUCGAAACUCUCAAAUACCGCAUGACGACGAGUGGGUUUGGAGUGCAUUGGAGUGCUUCGUACUCAAUGGUAUCUUUGUUCCUCGCAAGCCGUCAUCUAAAUCAAAGCAUGACGUACUCAAAAACCCACCACAACCUCCACUUUCAGACACGGAUAGAGCUGCUGCUCGUUCACACCUUUUAUCAUCUCUUGCAGAACUCUCAAAAACACCAGACAGCAAGAAGCAACUGGGUGUAGACAAGAAUGGUGAUUUAUGGGUGAAAAGAGUAUAUGACUUUAUUCAAAGUAUUGAAAGCGAAAAGAACGUCAUUACUGCUGUUCAAUAUGAGGAGGAAGUUUUAAUAGCACGUAAAACCGCACUUGACAGUUUCAGCAAUGUUAACAAGAAAGGCAAAGCACCUGAAACUCGUCACCACGCCUUUAGUCUAUUGUUACUCAGUGUAGUACUCCAAUCAUACGAUAACAUGGAAGGUAUAUCGGAUGUCCUUGACGAGUUGGCCAGUGCAUCUUCCAUGCUCUUCACCGUCAAGUCACCAAAGAAGAACAAUAGUAAGCAACAAGAAAAUGAAGAUGGCGAGGAACCAUCAGCAAUGGCUGUUCUUGUCGAUGUGCUUGUCUCUUUGCUUGAACGCUCAUCAUCAUUUUUGCGCACAAUGGCUAUCAACGCAUUCACUGCAUUCACACCAGAAGUCGACGAAGAGGCUUUGGAUAUGAUUAUCGCUCAGCUCUCCUCACAACCUGAUGGUGAAGGUGAAGGUGAAGACGGUGAAGAGGAGAAUGAAGAGAUGGGAGACGAUGAAAAAGGGGAGGAAGGGGAAGAAAGUGACUCUGAAAACGCUAAAGAUGCUCAAGAUGAAGUGGCUUCGGAUGUGAGUGACGACGAUAAAGAGGACGACAUCAACGAAGCUGUUGAUCCAGAAUUCGAACGCAAGUUGGCCAAAGCACUAGGUCAGCCAGUGUCAGACGAUGAGGAUGAAGAGAUGGUUGAUGAAGAUGAAGAUGGUGACGCUGUUGACAAUGUUGACAACAUGACGGAUGAGCAGAUGAUGAUGUUGGAUGAGCAGCUGGCUGAGAUAUUUAAAUCUAGAGUCGGCGAUAAGAAGGCGAAGGAAGGGGCACAACGUGAAGCUCAACAUACCAAGAACAGGCUCAUAGAUUUAUUGGAUGUUUACGCCAAGAAGCAGUCUUCAAAUGCGUUGGUAUUGAAGUUGAUUAUUCCGCUGGUAGAGAUAAUUGUCAAUUCUGGUGCAACUGAGCAGCAGUUAUCGUCCAAGUCCUCGGCUAUUCUGAGACAACGUCUCACUAAAUCGAAGGAUAUUCCAACAACAAACAUCAACGAAGAUGACUUGCUGGUCAUAUUCGAAGAAAUGCACAACGUCGCAAAGAAGUCAAGGACGAAUGAGAUUCUAUCACUAUGCAACCAAUUGUCGCUGUACUUGUUCAGGAUCAUCACUUUCAAUUAUAGUGGCGCAGUUGCUGAAUCGAAAGCCAAAGAAGUUUACAUCUCAAGCUGGCAAGAUUUCAGUAAUAGAAAACACACAAAAUUGAAUCCAAGCGUGUUCACUGAUUAUAUACGCCGCUAUCCAACCCAGUCGCUUAGUCUGCUUGAUGAACUAGUUCAGACUGUCGUCGAUGGCAAAGCUACAAAUGCAUAUAGACAAAUCCAAGCGUUGACGAUGCUUCAAACCCUCUUUGGUCAACAUAAGCAGUUGAUGGAUGCUGGUAAGAAAGACGACAUACUCGCAUCAAUUCCAAAGAUCAGACAGGGCAUAUACUCAUUCAUCGCCACAUCUUGCGAGUCAAAGGAUAAGACAAACGCAAGCAAGCUGAAGGAUGUCCUCAAGUCUGCACUGGCUUUGGUAAGGGUACACAAGAAGAUAACGGAUGAAAAAAUAGAAGACGAAUGGGAUUUGACGACAUUGCAGUCAAUCGUCACCACCUUGGGCUCAAUUGAUAAGUUCAAGGGCGUGCAAUCUCUAGCACAGCAACUGAGUGCUUUGAUAACUCAAUCAACAUCCACCUCCAAAACUUCAUCCAAGAAACGUAAGUCAAGCGGUAAUGGCACGACUGAGCCGGAGCAGUCUGUCAAGAAGAACAAACAGAAACAGUAA